AUGAGAGAGAUCCUUCACAUCCAAGGCGGCCAAUGCGGCAACCAGAUCGGUGCCAAGUUCUGGGAGGUCGUAUGCGCAGAGCACGGCAUCGAUUCCACCGGCCGAUACACCGGCGACUCAGAUCUGCAGCUUGAGCGGAUCAACGUCUACUACAACGAGGCGAGCUGCGGCCGCUUCGUUCCUCGCGCUGUUCUAAUGGAUCUGGAGCCGGGGACGAUGGACUCGAUCAGAUCUGGGCCCUACGGCCAGAUCUUUAGGCCCGAUAACUUCGUGUUUGGGCAGAGCGGAGCGGGAAAUAACUGGGCCAAGGGGCACUACACCGAGGGGGCGGAGUUAAUUGAUUCGGUUCUUGAUGUUGUGAGGAAGGAGGCCGAGAAUUGUGACUGUUUGCAAGGGUUCCAAGUCUGCCACUCCCUUGGAGGAGGAACAGGUUCGGGAAUGGGAACCCUGCUGAUCUCCAAGAUCAGAGAAGAGUACCCCGAUAGAAUGAUGCUCACCUUCUCCGUCUUCCCCUCUCCCAAGGUCUCAGAUACGGUUGUUGAGCCUUACAAUGCAACAUUAUCAGUUCACCAACUUGUUGAGAAUGCUGACGAGUGUAUGGUCCUCGACAAUGAAGCUCUUUAUGACAUUUGCUUCAGAACUCUCAAGCUCACCACACCCAGCUUUGGAGACUUGAACCACCUGAUAUCUGCAACAAUGUCUGGUGUAACCUGCUGCCUGAGGUUCCCUGGUCAGCUUAACUCUGAUCUCCGGAAGCUGGCUGUUAAUCUGAUCCCCUUCCCUCGUCUUCAUUUCUUCAUGGUGGGUUUUGCUCCCUUGACCUCCCGUGGGUCCCAGCAAUACCGUGCCCUCACAGUCCCCGAGCUCACCCAGCAAAUGUGGGAUGCAAAGAACAUGAUGUGUGCUGCUGACCCAAGGCACGGGAGGUACCUUACUGCAUCUGCCAUGUUCAGAGGCAAGAUGAGCACCAAAGAAGUAGAUGAACAGAUGAUCAAUGUGCAGAACAAGAACUCUUCAUACUUUGUUGAGUGGAUCCCCAACAAUGUCAAGUCUACUGUUUGUGAUAUUCCCCCCACCGGCUUGAAGAUGGCUUCUACCUUCAUUGGGAACUCGACUUCGAUUCAGGAAAUGUUCAGGAGAGUCAGCGAGCAGUUCACUGCUAUGUUCAGGAGGAAGGCUUUCUUGCAUUGGUACACAGGGGAAGGGAUGGAUGAGAUGGAGUUCACUGAGGCCGAGAGCAACAUGAAUGAUUUGGUUUCCGAGUACCAGCAAUACCAGGAGGCUACUGCUGAUGAAGAAGAGUACGAAGAUGAAGAGGGUGAAGAAGAGACGUAUGAGCAGUAACUCAACCAAAACAGUGUGGCUGCAACUUCCAGUUGCCGGUUUAUGCUGUAACUGAAUGACAUGACUUUAGGUGUAACUUCGUUUCAAUUAAGUACUGUUGUAUGAUUGGUAGUGGUCUAGUACUGGCAGUUUUUAGUUUCUUGUGGUUAUGUUUUUGAGCUAGACUGUUGGCUGGGUGUGGCAAAUAUGCGUUGAAAUUGGCACAAGUAUUUGGAUUUGUUCUGGAUUGGGAAUGAGAAAUUGGUUACUGCUUUUCGUCA